AAACCCCGAUGUUUUGCCAAAAUACAUUCCAGUCUGGCACUCUUGACUAUCUGAUUUUACAAUCUAAGCGAAAAUGUGGUAAUAAAUAAAAAUGCGUUAGCGUUUAUAUUUGGAGCCGCGCGCGCGCCGCCUCUCGCGCCGACAGUGAUCGCCCGCUUCGACGCGCGAGUACGUCGAUCGACAUCCGCGCACCCUACUACGCCGUCGCCUCGGAGACGAAUUCUUCAUUACUAAAAUAGUGACGUGGUAGAGCCAGCAGCAUGGUGGCGGGUGACGUGACGAGGCGCGCGUCGCUCACGGCGCCGUCUAUGCACCGUCGGUCCUCGGUGCGCCGCGGCUCGCUCGUCAAAGGCUCUCAAUCUCAAUCCCAGGAGGUGCCGUGGGACAUAAUCGACCGGUGCGCGCUGCCGAUCGUGCUGUGCCAUGCGUUAGCCGUGGUGCUCUCAACCGUGCUCAAUGCUCUACAUCUGAGCAGCAUUUCUGUGUUUACGUUAUUCCUCUGGUUCGCCAUCUCCGUCACCGGUUCACUCUGGUUCUACCACAAUCUGCAGGUGACAGCAGCCGGUAAAGCGGUGUUGGUGACAGGCUGCGACAACGUCCUAGGCAACGCCGUGGCGAGAAGACUGGAUGACCUGGGCUACCACGUGUUCGCCGGCUUCCAGAAUAAGGCUGGGAACAUCGACGCGGACAUGCUGAAGGAAGACUGCUCCGGGCGGCUGCAUACUCUGCAGUUGGACAUCACUUCUGAGACCCAGAUUCUCUCCGCAUCGCUGUAUAUCGUGGAUCACCUACCAGAGGGCGCGCAGGGGCUGUGGGCGAUCGUGAACUGCGAGUCGUGGUGCGCGCUUGGCGAGCUUGAGUGGGUGCCGUUCUCGGUCAUUCGGCGCGCGAUGGAGGUGAAUUUGUUGGGUCCGUCCCGCCUGGUGCAGGUGAUGCUGCCGCUGGUGCGGCGCGCGCGCGGGCGCGUGGUGCUGGCGUCAUCGAUCCUGACGCACGUGGCGGCGCCGGUGCGCGGCGUGCACGCCGCCUCGCUCGCCGCGCUCGACGCGCUGGCCUCCUGCCUCCGCCGUGAGCUCAAGCCGCGCGGAGUGGACGUGGUGAUUGUGGCCGCCGGGGAAUAUACGACGGGUAGCGCUUGGCUGUCAGAGGAGAAACUGCUGGAGCAAGCCCGGGACAUGUGGAAGCGGCUCAGCGAUGAGCAGAAGGGCGCCUACGGCGAGGACUACUUCGAGACCGCGCUGCGUAGCCUGGAGAAAUACACCAAGGGCGCUGAUGCUGACUUGACGGCGGUGACCCGCGCGCUGAGCGACGGCGUGACCCGCACCUUCCCGCUGGCCCGUUACACGCCCGUGUCCCCGCGCGAGAAACUCAAGUCCAUCCUGGCCGAGCACCUCCCGCGCUCCCUGUACGAAGGGCUCUACACCGACUAAGCUAGGAUUCACUGCUUUCGAACUGCCCCGCAUUUAGCUUUCCGGUAUUUUUCUUACCAUCCUAUUAAAUAUUCAUUACCUACAAAUAUCUGAAUACAAGAUAAAUACCUAGUUACCUAGUAAUUUUGUCAUCGCAAGUUUUAUUCCCGUGACGCUGUCGCCACCUUUAGCAAAGUGUGCGCCAUCUACAACAUACGCAAGCAUGUCACUUCUACAUAGCAUAGGUACUUAACUAUUGUACCUACAUAAACGAAAGCUCCGUGAAUAACAUUGGUUGACCUUUGGCAUCGUUUUAUUCAAGAGAAAGAGACACGCUCAAACAGUCUCUAUUGUAUUCUGACAUCUGUGUAAUGUACCAUAUUAUCUUCGAACGAGCGAAAUUAUAAACUGUCCCGGAAAUUUCCUUUGUGAACGAAAUUUAUAUCUCAAAAUUACAACGCCGUUGUGUCUACACAAGAUGCAAAUAACUGAAUAAGGAAAUUAAUAUGAAAUCCAUCAGCCCUGAUAAUUAAGUUAGGUGAAGUUGCUCGUCCAAAAUGAGGCUAUACAACGUUCGGCUCGGGCUUGCAUAAGCUACAAAGUUAGAGCAACUUCGUUGGUCAUUUAACCAGCAUCUACUAUCCACUUAAACACGUUCGCGGAACUCCAACACGAACUGAAACGAGUUUUCUAUUCAACUUGAAAUUUCCGUUUCAGUACAGUUAAGUAAAUUUCACUUUUUCUUACUAGUAAAAGUUAAGAUAUAAUAUACUUGUGUAUUUCCGAAUAAGUCAAGUUAUUUUCGAUCGAAUCGUUUAGCUAAAUACUUACACAUAGGCGGACAGUCUAAUCUUUUUCAGUCGACAAUUUUUGUAUAACCACAGACUACAUGUAUAUAACAUACCCUCGUCAAAUAUAUCAGAUAACAAACGUCCGACUGACUGUGGCUGACAGCUUCUAAUUACGGAGGUCUGUAGUAUUUCUGUGGUCAUAAUAAUUACUUCAUUUGCCUAACGUUAUUUUAUCUUAACGUUAAUUUCUGCUAAUAAUUCCUUAAAUCCUAAAAUCGAUACAUAUUUGUAUGUCAAAUUAUUUAUAAAUGUUACAUAUACAAAAACAAUGCUUGAAGGUUAAUUUUAGUACUUACCUAAUUAUCUGAAAAUAUGCAUCCAGAUUUUGCUAUUAGUUAUUCUUGGAAACAAUAUUAUUACACUCUAGAGUCUACAAUCACACAAGAAGUUACUUCCCACAACCUAACGUUGUUAUUUUCCGUAAGUAAUGGAUACUUCCAGCUAUGAAUAUAUAUUACAGUGGCGAAGUAAUUUCUGUUUAUUAAGUUGGUCGGUAUUUCACUGCGAAAGCUCGACACUAAAUAAUUCCACCUUGCAACUGAAGCCUAACUCACGCCUUUUGAGUCUUGUGACUACGGUAGAGCAUAUUUUACUAAUACGUAUAUUUACGCUUAUUUCUGUAGAAUACUCGUUUGUAGUAUUUUUAUACCAGGUUUCUGAAUUCCGGUGAUUAAUUGCGAACUGCAAGCUACGGCCGACGUUUUGAUUUUAUAAUUACCUCUCGAUCAACCGUGUCAGCGGCAUAUGUUUCGUUGAAUUUUGCACUUAAAAAGCUUUGAAUUUUAGUUUUGCUUUACCUUUUGCUCAUAAAUAUUCAAAGCAACACCAAACGCUAAUAACACUACUAUACUUAAUAUGAGGCGAGGGCGUCAUAAAAUAACUUUCUAGCGCGUUUUAGACCACUUAGUCGAGUCGCAGAUGCACAGAAGGCUAGUUUUCAAACUUCUUUGUGCUAAAACUUACACCUUUUACCAUAUUUUAUUAUUAUAGAGACCGUUCACACCAGUGUUGAAAGAAGUGAAUUUCUACCGUUUACUUAGCAAAAUAUAUGACAAAAAGUCAUAUCCCGACGUAUACGUUGGCCGGGCCUAAUCGUUAAUAUAAAUAUUACUUAACAUGUAGAGAGUAACAUUUUUAUACCCGCUGUAGGCGAGGCAGCGUCAACCAAGCAUAUUGUAACCAAAAACGAUUAUUAUUACCUUGAAUCUCUCUGUGGUCGCUCCCUCAUGACUGAGGAUCGUGGUCAUCAGUGGAUGUGGAUGCUGUGGAUUACCUUGAAUAACAAGCGAAAAUAUCCAGAUAUUGAAUUUAUAUAUAUUGACCUGACACGCUGACCGCCGCGCCGCCACGAUUGCAGCGUAGUACGUAGAAAACCUAUUUCGUUAUGUGUUCACUUUUAUUGUGUCCAUCCAAUUUUAUGUCGUUGAAUUUGUUGAUUAAUUAUGUUGUUUUUAGAGUUUAUGUUUAAAAUUUUAGAAUAACGGCUUAGAACACUUACACUUGUAGAACAGUGAAAACUGGUACCUACACUUUGUAUUAAAGUUUAAUACUAAUAAUGGCCCGUUAUGGUUAUUUUGAUUAUUAUGUAGAUUUUGCAUUUGGCAUGGAUCUAUCCCUAAAGUAAAACAUUGCUUAUGUAUUGUUUGUUAAUCUCAUUUUUUUAUACGAAUAUAAUUAUUGCAAAUGCCCAAAUACAGCUGAAAACGCAACAGAAAUCUCUGUUGUUUCCUAUUAACUUCAUUAUAGGUACGUGGUAUAGAUAUGUGUGAUAUAUUUACCACAUAUUAGUAGAAGUACAAGAAUGUCUAACUUCCAUACAGAAUUAGCCGAUUCACGAGGAAAUUGCCACGAGAAGCAGCUCGGUCUGGUCAAGUAAAUGUAGACCGAAUAAUAAAAAUAAGACCAAACUAUUUCACGCCGGAAUUUCCUCGCGAGGCAUCAUGUUCAAUGUGGACCCUAUUGUAAAUUUCUCUUACAAGGGAUAAGUCAAGUAGAUUUUAGUUGUAGUGCCAAUGUGUAGCAGCUGAAGUAGCAGAGCAGGCGAGGUGUUUAAUACAUCUUCACCCGCUAUUAUUACUACUCGUAUAAAUAACAUUAAAGUUUGGUUUUGAUCACUUUGAACACCUCGCUAUUGUACUUCUGCCGCUGACUGUACUUUUCUCUGCUUGUAUUUAUAAAUUUAAAUGGUAUUGUAACAAAGAGCGUGAAAGAUUUUCGUCAUCCAGCCAAAUCCAUUUGGAUGACUACAGGCAUUUAACUUACGAGAGAGCAAUUGACAAAAGUUGAUAGUUUUACGUGUGGAUAUAUUUCGAAUUAUUGUGUUUGUAUUUUUAAUAAAAUAAUAAAGCUUAAUAAAAA